UAACCCAGCAGAGGUGUGCAGCGGACAGCAAUCCUACCAUCGCAACAUACAGCACCAUUAGCAGCAGCAGACCAAGUUAUUGCGGCCACAAAAGAGGAGCCUGCCCUUUGACCCACUGUGUCCUGCAUCCCGGGUCUCGAUCUGAUUCUGCCACUGCAACAACUGCCAUCGCAUUGCCAUGUCCGACUGACCACUCAACCCAGAUCCAGGGCAACUGAUUGACUGGCAUCCUCGCUCACCACUCGUCCAUGUCCGUUGUUCCCUUGGAGGACGAGGACGCGGAUUCGCGGAUGUGGGCAGCAGCAUCCUCAGCGACAGAGCAGCGCGAAAGUAGGCAACGAAAAUCGGAAAUCUAAUUAGAGACGUCAGUGUCAGGAUCGCAAAUCCAUUAAUUUCGAGGGCUCUCGUCAACUACUUUUCGGCAAAAAGGCGUUGCUACAGCCCUAGAAAAAACAAGCAGGAAAAUCGGGAAAAUUUAACGCAGAAAAAAGGGAAAGCUGUGUGUGCCUCGCUGUGUCGGUGUGUUGGUUCUCCGCUGUGCGUGUGUGUGUACGAGUGCCUGAUAACGCGAGCCUGGCGCUGACAUCACUUUCACUUGGAAACCCAGCUCGAGGAACCAACCUGGUCUGGCCCUGCCCCUGGGAAGCUGCCACUCGAGCCGCACGGCAACAAAAUCAAUUAAAGUACCAAUACGACAGCCGCCACAACAGCAACAACAAAGCUGCCAAGAGCCAAUUAUCGGGGAAAACUGAGGAAAGCGGAGGAAAGCAGAGGAAAGCCCAGCCUAGCCAAGAUGUUCUCUAUGUGCACCAAGGUGAAAUCGCGGAGUGCGGACGCGGACAGCUCUUUCAUGCAGCAGUCGCAGGUGCAGCAGCUGCAGCUGCAACAGCCCCAGGCGAUGGGAACUGGCGGCAAGCAAAUCAAGGGCGGCUACCUACUGCGCUAUAAAAAGCAAAUGUUCUGGAACCGCUGGGCGGAGGAAUGGGUGGUGCUGUACGACGACUCGACCAUGGCCUGGUUCACGGAGCCGGGGCGCUCCUCGCCGACGGGCAAGAUCCUGGUGAAGGAGGCGCCCGAGAUGCUGGCCAUCGCUCACUGGACCGGCCAGAUCCCGCGUCGUCCUCCGCUGCCGGCGGGCGUGAACGUGUCCCAGCUGAUUGCCCUCGGAUCGCAGCGCAAGCGGUCCAAGGUCUACUGGAUGCUGGCCAAGUCGGAGCAGGAGGUGAGCGACUGGAUCGAUGCGAUUACCAAGACCCUGCCGCCGCCGCCGCAAAUCGAGCUGGUGGUGGACAAGCCGCACCUGAUGAACGUGCUCCGACGUCCGCUGGUGCGCAUUAGACCUGCCACCCAGUCGGAGGUUAAGCAGCGCAAGGCGGCGUCCCACGGAGCCAGCGGCAGUAAACACCACCGCUGCUCCUCGGCGAUGACCACGAAGGUGUACAGGCAGACCCAGGAUCCGCUGGUGAAGAGCGACGCGGCGGUGGCCAUUCUCAGCAAGAAGCCGGACUCGAAGGCUUCGCUGGCCUGCGCCCUGCCCUGGGGCCACGGCUGGGGAUGGGCCACGCUGCCCAACGGGGUGUGGAGCGGCGGCCUGACCUGGUCGCAGUGCGAGGACACCUUCACCCUGCACGCCCUGCCCACCACCCACUGCACCAACCUGAUCGACACCUCCUGCAGCGGGGCGGUGUACCACACGGACAUCGGCGGCUUCGACUUCCACUCCUCGGGCGUGGACGACAUCGGGGGCGAGGACUUCGACUACGCCAUGGACUGCGGCGAUUUCAUAUUCUAAACUCCCUCCAGCACGACCUUCAGCCAGCCACCCACCCGGCGGGCAGGACCCUUUCGUCCUUUCCCCGCAGAUUCCGCCUUCGAUUGGAAGGAGCCGAGCAACUAGGAAGUACUUAAUUUUUAACCGUGCUUUCGUUAUCCUGGGAGUGUUAGGUGUUGCCACAUGGAAGGGGAACUCCCUGGCGUCGCACAUUCGCCCCGUUGUCCUUGUCCCAGUGGGUUAACUAUCCGCUGCACCCACUACUCUGUGCAUUGCCCUAAUUGCGUUAAGCAGUUAAACUGCAAGUACAUCUGCGAUUCCCCGCGUUUUUCGAAAAAACAUAUUUCCUAUUUCCUAGCUGGCAAAUAUAUAUCCGCAUAUACAGCGGCGGCCACGGAUAUAGUUGUGACAUCUUGGUAGUUCACCUGACGUCAAUCCCAAAAAUUGAAGUCCUCUUUUAAAGGCUUGCUGUCAAUAAAAUUGUCAGGCUGCUCGUGCCAGAAAUUCAGGAAAUCAAAAUCGGAGAAAUUAAGAGUUGUAGAGAUUUUAAAUAGACAUACAUCAUGAAGGACCGUUUUCUCAAUGUUUUGUUAGCUUUGGAUAUUACGUCUAUUUGCUGUUUCGGAGCAAGCAUAGUUUCUGAAUAUCCUGUAACGCUUAACCGACUUAAAAGUCUUAAAACUAGUUCAAAUUGUCGAUCGACUGAACGAAAUGGACAACAAGAAGUUUGCACAAUUUCCUUUAAAUGAAUGUCAGAAUUGUCGUUUGUAAAAGUAACUUCCCAUUGAAAAAUCGAAAAUUGUCUUACCGAACAAUAUAGCUUCCUGGUUGCUUUCUCUGUCAGAUAACUAUCUGUACAAUGGUGUUAUUGAUAAAUCGGCCUUUUAAAAAUUAUAUUUGCUAUCAUAUUUUUACAGGUUAUUUGUAGAUGUAGAGCUACAUAUGAAUAUUUGCGAACCGAAUUAGAGCUUGGGUGUCACUACUAUCUUCGCCGCCGCUGUAGUUCCUCUUCGAACUCUGGCUGAUACACGUGUGUCCAUGUACCGAGCAGAACACACGGUCACAUAUGUAAGGCCGCACACUCGCCAACCUCCAACCCACAGCCACCCACUAGCCACAGCACCCACACCCACUCCUCCGCCCACUCCCACGCCCACACUGCCCCCACCGCAUUCGCCAUCGCAGUCGCAGUCGCAGUUGCAACCACAAGCAUUUGAAAUGCGAAAAUAUUUUUGCAUCGCGCAUAUAAGUAGGCUACAACAUAUUUUUGUACUCGACGGCAAACAAAUUACAAUAAAUAGUGCAGACAAGUCGAGGCGACAACCAAAUUAAAACGAGAAAACAACCGCAAGAGAUUGAAAUACUUUUGUGUAUUUUGAGACUUUUGAAAUUUAUAUUGACGCAAUUUGUAAUGGAAACACUUUCCAAAUUGUUUUGCCAUGAUUUUCUAGAAUUUUUGGAAUCGAUAGUAUUUAACCGCAAAACCGAGGCCCGGAACCCCCAAUCCCCGGCGUUCCCCCGCAAAACCCAUUUUGUGUGCAAGUUUUUGAAACAUUUAUACAGAUAAAGCGCGCGUAAUUUAAGUCAGUCGAAAAAUCGAUAAAUGUUUAAUAUAAUUGUGUAAGGGCGAAGAGAAGAACAGAGCCGAAGCGGGAAAUCCAACGCAAAUUUUAAAGAGGCGUAGCAAUUUUUAUAUAGCAUGUUAAACAGAAAUGACAGUAAACAGGAAAACCAGGUAAAUAACAAGUAAUUAGCGAGGAAAAACUCUAGUCGUAAACCCCACUCCCCCAAAUCACCCACACACGCCAACCGACACUAUAGAGUAAGCUAAGUGUUAGCACGUAAGGAUGGCAUCCGAGUGUCAGCUCGGUUCUCGAAUCUAGCUCACGCAGAUCGACAAACCCACCCGUACUGAUGUAAAGUUUAUAAAACGAAGUCAAGCGAAACACAAAACAAGUUAGCAACCCAGGAAAAUCGCGAGUAUACAGCCAAAGACGCGCAUACGCCGUAUGUGCGAGUAAUUAGCGUAAGACACACCCGAAAUCACACUCAUCGGAAGCCACAGCCGAGCGGAGGGCACCGCGCCGUUCACUCACCGCACUCACCCGCAUCGAUUCGAUUUGAAUUUGAUUUUGAGGAACUUUCGACACUUUAUGUGCGGAAGGGAAACGCCGCUACGGACACCUUGAGAAACUGUAAUUGUAACUACGAUAGGCUAUAGACUCUAGGAUAAGUCGGGCGUCCGCCAGGAGCUGCUCGCGAUAAACGUACUGUAAGAUUGUGCAGGUUUUCAAAUGUUACAUGCCGCGCAUAGCAUAGGGCUAGAAUAGAAACGCGAAAUAUUAUGUAAAAUACGGGUAAGAGGCUCUCCGAGUCCCGCGCAUCUGUUGCAUGUCCUUUACGCGCGGUAUACUUAUAUAAUGCUAUAUGUACCACAAUAGCCCGGAGCCAAGCUACCCGAACCGUAAGCGGUCUCAGAAACCGAGACCCAACCUGAGCCCACAGCCUUAGCUGUCACACCCGUCACCACGCCCACCACUCGCUACUAGCCCCUAGUAUCUACUUAUGUGUAUAUGCAUGCGUACAGAACAGUAUACCUAUAGCAUUAGUCGGGAGACGCGAGUCGGCACCGGGACUAAUAUAGAGACGCGUAUGGAUCCCGCCACGUAGCGUAAGGAAAUGUAGACUAAAAGACUUAAGCAAUUGUCGUUUAGACGUUAAAUUAGAGCGCAUUGAAUGUUGGCUUAUAGUUCUAGACACAGCAGCGAUUCAGACACAGAGCGACGAGCGCAGCGCCCAGGAACACCCUAAGGAUAUCCUCACCACACUGUUUUAGUCUGGAGCCUAGCCCGAGCAAUCGAGAUUUGUUAGCGAGCGAGUAACGGAGUCGAGUAGAUGCGAAAACCAAACUAAACCUAGUGAAAAACGAAAACAAACGUAAAGUAAAUCAACCUUGGACAAUCACGCAUACGAAUGUAGGAAAACCGGAUUAAAUAAUGAAUGUAAAUCGUCAGGCCUCGGGUCGGUCGAGAGCGAAAGGACCGAGGAUAGCUUUUGUGGCACAGUCUUUGCACGUCCAGCAUGGAAUCCCCGGGGACUCCGUGAACUCAACUAAUCUACACACAGAACACACACACGGCGCUAUUCGACGUGCGACCGAGCCAGGUCAAGCUUCAAUUAAGUGUCAAUCCCCACGCUCUUCAGUUGGACCGAGAAGUAUUUUUGUAAACUUUAUUAAGGACACCGAGCUCGAACUCGAACUCGAACUCGAAAACAGAGACAAAAACCAGAACAAAAGAAACCAAAUAUGGAUGUUUUAAAAGCGAAUUAAGCGAUGUAAAGCAAAAGUAUACUUUAGAGGCAAUUUUUGUAGCAUAAUUGUACACGUAACUGCAUUUCCGAUGUU